AUAUCGUAAAUCUACGAUUUUCUACUUGCUCAAAUUAGUUACUAGAGUUUCUUUCUUGUGGCGAAUUGUUAGUUUCUUUAAUAAAAACUGAAGUCUAAUUGACAGAGUCCUGAUUUGGUUCCGUUCGAUAUCUCCUACCGACAGGUAAAAAUCAGAUUGUGUUAGAUGGCAGCAGCUUCAACCGGGGACUCCUCGGAGCAACCUUGGCAAUCUUUUGAAGAACAAAUCGACUCUCUGAAUCGCCAAGUUGAUGAGUUAGAAGAAGGCAUAAUCGCUGAUCCUCCCAAAGAUCUUGCCACUCUUGAAACCGAAAAUGAAAAACUUAAAUACAGAAAGAAGCACUUAGAACGAAGCUUAGAAGUGGAAACGAAUUUGACCAUAUCAGAAAAACUGACUUGUUUGAUUACAACAGCAUUCAGAACUUCUUUUCCCGAGUUGCUGAAUUUUGAAGCAAAGGUAGUUUCUUCAGAUAAGUUUGCGGAUUUUCAAUGUAACGACGCUUUAUCGUUAGUCGGUGAAUUCAAAAAACAGGGAAAAAAUUUGAAUCCCAGAGUUAUUUCCCAGACUGUCAUCAAAUAUGUGCCUCAAAACGACGUGAUAGACUCAGUUGAAAUUGCGGGACCAGGAUACAUAAAUAUCAACGUGAAAACAAACGUUAUUGAUUCAUUUGUUAGAAGUUUAGUGAUGCAUGAAAAAGCAAAACCCCCAGUGGUGGACAAGAAACGAGUGAUUGUUGAUUUCUCGUCUCCGAACAUAGCUAAAGAAAUGCAUGUAGGUCAUUUGAGGUCAACCAUAAUUGGAGACAGUAUCUGUAGGCUACUGGAAUGGGUCGGUCACGAUGUAUUGAGGUUGAAUCAUUUAGGAGACUGGGGAACACAAUUUGGAAUGUUAAUCGCUCAUCUAGAGGACAAGUUUCCCGAUUAUUUGACAGUGUCGCCGCCCUUGAAAGAUCUUCAGACUUUUUACAGAGAAGCUAAAAAACGUUUCGACGAGGAAGAAGACUUCAAGAAGCGUGCUUAUGAAUUGGUAGUGAAACUACAAAAGUAUGAUCCACCAGUGUAUAAAGCUUGGCAAAUGAUUUGUGAAGUAUCGAAACUUGAUUUUGAGAAGAUCUAUGAAAGGCUUGAUAUCAAUAUUAUUGCAAGGGGAGAGAGCUUUUACCAGCAGCUCAUGGAUGAAACAGUUGCAGAGUUGAGAAAAAAGAGCCUCUUAGUUGAAGACGAGGGCCGAACGCUGUUCUUCGUUCCAGGAGCCGAAGUGCCUUUGACUGUCGUGAAGUCUGACGGCGGGUAUACGUACGAUACAUCUGAUUUAGCAGCUGUUCGUCAGCGAAUCAAAACCGAGAACGCCGAGUGGAUAGUGUAUGUCGUGGAUUCAGGCCAGUCGCUACAUUUCAACACAUUUUUUGCCGCUGCACGAAUGGCAGGUUGGUACGAUCCGUAUGUGAUGAGGUUGCAACAUGUAGGCUUCGGGGUUGUGUUGGGGGAGGAUAAAAAGAAGUUCAAAAGCAGGUCAGGAACCACGAUUAAACUGACCGAAUUGCUGGACGAAGGAAUGAAGCGAGCAAUGGACACUUUGAUUGAAAAGGGGCGGGACAAGGAAUUGACGCCGGAAGAGUUGAAACGUGCGCAGGAAGCGGUGGCUUACGGAUGCGUAAAAUACGCUGAUUUGAGCCACAAUUACGUGCACGAUUAUGUGUUCUCGUUCGACCGAAUGCUCGACGAUAAAGGCAACACUGCUGUUUAUCUUCUGUAUGCGCUCACCCGAAUCAGGUCAAUUAGACGAAAAGCGAACGUAUCGGUUGAACAAGUACAGCAGUACGCAAAAGACAAUGUGUUGACAUUUACUGGUGAAAAAGAGAGGAAGUUAGGCAAAAUGCUGAUCAUGUUCGCUGAUUCGGUCAAGCGAACCCUUGUUGAUCUUCAUAUCCAUUACUUGUGUGAUUAUAUGUACCAGCUUUGCACGACUUUUUCGGAAUUCUACGACAACUGCUACUGUAUUGAGAAAAAAGCAAACGGCGAAGUUAUUAUACACAUGCAUCGACUGGUUCUCUGCGAAUGUACGGCCCUAAUCAUGGAACAGGUUUUCCAGAUUUUGGGAAUAAAGACUGUGUCUAAAAUGUAAAGACUGUUGAUCUGAAUGCUCUGAAAUUAUCGCUGUAAUAUAUAACUGCUUAUGCGUGAUCUUGAUUUGAUUAUCGGUUGAGGUCAUAAUGACCAUUAAGCUAAUAGUAACUAACAGUAUUCUAAUUUUGUUGGUGAUUUUGAUUAAUGAUGUUCAAUUUAUUAUUUAUGCCUA